AUGGAAGGAAAUCAAGUCAAGAAUAAGUGGCACAGCGGUUGGGACGUCUCUAUUCGUGCGUUCACAAUCACGCAAUAGUAGCGGACAGAUGAUAGAUAAUCGCCGUGCCGUCUUUCAUAAGUCAGCGAGUCGCGCGGCGAGCGGUCGACACCGACACGUAAGCGCGAAAAAGUGGUUGGACCGGAUCGCACGAGGAGGCCGAGGAGGCCGGAGAUUGAAACCGAUUUCGUAAUGUGACACAUCGCAGAUAGAAACUAUCUGUUCAAAAUGGCAGCAAUUUGUUCUGGACGACCUGGCUGGUUAGGAAAACUCGGCAUAGCAUUGCUAGCCGCAUGGUUUUUAGUACUGAUUAUUUCUAUGAUCCAUAUAUUUAAAUCCAACUCAUUGUCAAGCCGCGAUGCUGACACUGCCAACAAAGAGAAUACACAACGCUUAACACAAAUGGUUAAUGACUUUGAAAUUCUAAAGAAGCAGAAUGACGCGUUAAAGAACUUCAUAUUAGGAGAAGGGUCGAAAUCUAUACAAGGGGACCAUUUAGGCUCCGUACAAGACAGACUCGAAAAAGCAUCGGUCUAUUAUGAUCUAAUAGAUCAUCAAGAUGGAUCAAAGCAUGGUAUUCCUUCCUUGGAAUAUGAGGAACUGCGACGGCGAUUGAGGAAUGAUAUUCAGGAGAUGUGGUAUUAUAUUAACGCUGAGUUAAAUAAAUUCAAGAAGCACAUUGAUGAAUUCACAUAUGAUCAAAGAGAAAAAGAGAUACAGGAUGUGAUAAAAAAUGCAUGGGAGCACAAAAAGUCACUUAUAAUAAAUAUCGAUAAGUUGAAGAAGUCAGAUGGUUAUGAUGAAUGGCGAAAAAAGGAAGCUAAAGAUUUAUCCGAUCUUGUUCAAAGAAGAUUUAGAUAUCUACAAAAUCCUACUGAUUGUAAUAAGGCGAAGAAGCUAAUAUGUAGCUUAAAUAAAGGUUGUGGUUUUGGAUGUCAGAUUCAUCACAUCACGUAUUGUUUCUUAGUGGCUUAUGGUACAGAAAGAACUUUAAUAAUGAAAUCUAAAGGUUGGAGGUAUCACAAGGAUGGUUGGGAAUCUGUUUUCAAACCUCUUAGCGACACUUGCUUGUCUACAACUGGUACUUCACAUUCUAAUUGGCCUGGAGAUCCCUCUAAACAAGUAAUAUCUCUACCAAUUGUAGACAACGUUUAUCCUAAGCCAAGAUUUCAGCCACCUAGCGUACCUGCAGAUUUAGCGCCGAGAUUAGAGAAGAUUCAUGGUCAUCCUUUAGUUUGGUGGGUAGGACAAGUAUUAAAAUACUUAAUGAGACCUCAGGAUCACGUAAAGAGAACGCUAGAGAAAGCGAAAGAGAGACUCGGUUUUAAAAAACCUAUCGUUGGUGUUCAUGUGCGUAGAACUGAUAAAGUAGGUACAGAGGCAGCUUAUCAUGACAUAGAUGAAUAUAUGAUUAAAGUCGAACAAUAUUUUGAUGAGCUUGAAACAAAACCAGACGUGAGGAGAGUUUUUUUAGCCAGUGACGAUCCGAAAGUGAUAACAACAGCUAGAAAACAUUAUCCGAAUUACGAGAUAAUAGGCGAUCCGGAAAUCGCGGAAACGGCAUCCGUAGCGAAACGAUAUUCAGAUACCUCGUUGCAGGGAAUAAUUAUCGAUAUCCAUCUUCUGUCGGAAUGCGAUUAUUUGGUGUGUACGUUUAGUUCUCAAGUAUGUCGCGUCGCGUACGAAUUGAUGCAAACCUUUUACGCGGACGCGUAUGACAGAUUUGCUUCCCUCGAUGAUAUAUAUUAUUACGGGGGACAAAAUCCACAUCCCCACGUUGCUAUUUUGGAUCACAAACCGAGAAAGAACGGAGAGUUAGAGCUAAAAGUCGGAGACUUAAUCGAUGUUUUUGGUAACCAUUGGGAUGGUUUCUCCAAAGGUUACAACACCAGAACUAGCAUGACAGGAUUAUUUCCCAGUUUCAAAGUUAAAAAUCCCAUUGAUGCUGUAGAUUUUCCCAAGUAUUCGAAUAUUCCUUUGCUGGAAAAUAAAGAAGAUUAAAUAAGAAUGACCGAGCCAAGUCAUUGUCUGACAGUGAAAUCUCUCGAGUAAAUCGUUAUUUCUUUAGAUCGACUUCUUUAAGAUAUUAGCAAAGAUGACAUGUAUAUAUUUUGCUAUUGUAAAUUACGAUUUUAAUGCUUGUAAAUUGUCACA